UGAAUCUUAGAAAUUCCGACACAAACCUUUCGUCGAUUUUAAGAAAAUGAGGAAAAGUUUAUUCAAAAAUGGAAUGACAAGUUUUGCCGAUUAACUGCAGAUAUCUAAGUUACGUGAGAUAAUUGAAAGCAUAUUAAAUUUAGCAAUUAACAGCUAUUAAGCUUAUCUUUGGGAUUGCCGCAUUUGCAUAAUGUGUGUAUAACCGAACGACCAAAGUACAACAGUGUCACCAAGAAAAGUAAGGCAAUUACAUUACGAUCCUUAAAAGGCACUUUGGUUAGCUGUUGACUUCGCCAAGAAAUGACAAGAAUGUCAAAGGAACGCGAAGUUAAGGAGCUGCGAUUGACAGUGCCUUGGGGUCACAUCGCUGCGAAAGCAUGGGGAUCCCCGAGUGGUGACAGAGUGUUAAUGGUUCACGGGAUAUUAGACAAUGCAGGAUCGUACAACAGAUUAGUGCCACUGCUUCCAGAACACUUCUACUAUGUUGCUAUAGAUCUGCCAGGACAUGGACUCUCUUCGUCCUUUCCCUCUGCAGUGCCUCUGGAAUAUUUUAACUACGUCUUCACGAUCAGAAUAGUGCUGGACAGCUUACAGUGGGACAAGUGUACAUAUAUAGGACACAGCAUGGGCGCACAGAUAGGGAUUUUCUGUGCCAUUCUGUUUCCUGAGAGGUUCGUUAAGAUCGUAUCUUGUGACGGAACCAUCCCAUUGUUGAUACAUGAUAGUGAUUUGAUCGAUCGGCUCAGAACGGUAUUUGAGUCUAUAGAGGCUAGCAAGUCACCGGCAAAUCUUUAUACUCGAGACGAAGCAUUAUAUGCUUUGCAAUUUCUGAGAUAUCACGUGAAUACCAGCGACGCUGCGGAAGCUUUGUUCGAACGGGCUGUAACCAAGGUUGGGGACAAGUACAUGUACAAUCGCGAUCCCCGACUGAAAUUUUCAGUAAAAAUUCUAAUGAAUGUGGACCAGGUAUUAUCACUUUACAAAAAGCUCAGUGUGCCGUUAUUAACGUUAGUUUCUACAGUGACCCUGGAUGCAUAUAUUUAUACGGAUUCUGAGAUGUACUUAAAAUACUUGGAGGUAAAGACGAAGAUGAACUUCGUCUUAGUGGAGGGGAACCACGAUGUUCAUAAUUCGUUUCCUGAAAGGGUCGCCCCACAUAUAUGCAAGUAUCUCGAUAGUGCUACCAAAAGCAAACUCUGAUGAUUGUAACUCCAUCAGUUCUUUACAAAUUUUUUUUUGUUGGUAAAUCUUCAGUGCAUCAAUUAAUCGGAACAGCAUUUAUUGUAUAAAACGGACUGUAUGAUAAUAAUUCAAUGUUGUAUGAUAAUAAUUCAAUUCUAUCUAUUAUUACACCUCUUGCGGGUCAAAGGGUUAUUUUUGUAAUGGUUUGUUUAUCUUCUUUGGAUGAUUUAAUAAAUAAAGUACAUCUAAGUUUUGCUAUCAUAAAUUAUAAUCGAGGGGUCGGUGUUAUUUAAGUACAAAAUGUAUUUUAAUUUUAAUAUGUUUCCUUUUAACUUUUAUAUAUCAAAUAAAAUGUUACCAAAUGGAGUUUGAAACACAUUCUAAAUAUACGAACAAAAUUCAACGAAACAA